CUCUCAUCGUCGCUGAAGUCUCAUUGUGCUUGCGCUAGUCUCUCUCCCCUUUCUCUCGUACGACUUUCAGCGCGGAUAACUCUUCCCCGUCCUACCUACCCCUCCUUCCUUAUUGGUCGACCAGCCUCUUCACUUCAACUUCAUCUCGUUCGGGGCUUUCUCGCGCGAGCAAACAUCACACCAAACCACAUCUCUAACUAUUGAAUACCACAUUACACAGCCUGAAGAAGUACUUCAGCAGCCCCGACACCCGCCCAGCAUUCCCACCACCGUUCUUUCCCCAACUCCCUGCCCUCCACAUCUCUCAACAUGCCUCCCCUUCUCCUCCUCAUCCUCCUCCCUUUCCUCUACUCAGCCAUCACCACUGCCCGCGGCAUCUACAGGAACUACCUGCUGGUCCGCCCCCUCGGCCUGCCCAUCCUCUUCGCCCCAGUCGACCCCUACGGCACCGCCUGGCAAAUCAUCUGCCGGACCUGCCCGUUCCUGAAGCGCUUCCGAUGGGCCCGCGUCAUUCAGGAGACGUGGAGCUGGCAAGUCGAUGAUCGGGAUCACAGAGCGCUGGGGGAGAGCUUUGUCGUUGUCAGCCCGGUUAGAAAUCUGAUUUAUACGAGUGAUAAGGUGGCGAUUAAUUGGGUGUUGACGAAGAGGAGGGAGUUUUUUAAGCCGGAUGUUUAUGAGAAUCUGGAGUUUUUUGGGAGGAAUGUGGAUACGGUCAAUGGUGAAGACUGGUCCCGCCACCGCAAGCUCACAGCCCCCUGCUUCAAUGAGCGCGUCUCGGGCUUCGUCUGGGAUGAAGCACUCCGACAAGCACGCUCCAUGCUCUCCCACUGGCUCUCCCAGCCAAACGGAAAGAUCUCCAACAUGGUCGAUGACACCCGCGUGAUCGCUCUGCAUGUCCUCACCGCAGCGGGCUUCGGCAUCUCUCACGAUUUCCUUGGAGGCGCGCGGAACCCAGCACCCGGCCACAAGCUGUCCCACCGCGAUGCCUUGAUGACCAUUCUGGACAACCUCAUUACCUCCAUUAUCCUCAGCAACACGAAGUGGCUAGAGCGUUAUCGGAUCGUGUUGCCGCAGCGUGUGCAGCAUAUCUUUCUCGCUUUAAGGGAGUUCAGCCAGUACAUGGAUGAAAUGCUAGCCUCGGAGCGCAAGAUACUGGCCGAUAGCCAGGGAGCCUCGAAACCCAACCUGAUCACCACGCUCAUUCGUACCUCGGACGACGCGCAGACUGAGGGCAUCAAGUCGGCGGUCCGGUUAACGGAUGACGAGAUCAAGGGUAACAUCUUCAUCUUCAACCUCGCCGGACACGACACCACGGCGAAUACGCUCGCCUAUGCGUUUGCCCUACUAGCCGUGUAUCCGGAGUACCAGACCUGGGUUGCUGAGGAGAUCGACGAGGUGCUCGGAGACCAGGAGAAUCCGAAGUACGACGAGGCUUUCCCGAAGUUGAAGAGAGUCAUGGCGGUCAUGUACGAGAUCCUCCGCCUCUACGGCCCCGUCCCCCGCCAACCCCGCGGCGCAAUCCCCGGCACCCUCCUCACCAUCACCCACCCCUCACCAACCUCCUCCUCCCCCACCACAACGCUCCCCGUCCCACCCCACACCGAACUCAGCCUCUGCAUCCACGCCUGCCAAACCUCCCCCUCCAACUUCCCCCACCCCUCCGCCUGGAACCCCAAGCGCUGGAUCGCGCCCGCCGCCUCCCUCGCGGCCGAGACAUUUCUCCCCGCACCCAUGGCCUACGCCCCCUGGUCCGCCGGCCCGCGCAUCUGCCCCGGCAUGAAGUUCGCCCAGGUCGAGGUCGCGGCCGUGCUGGCGACAGUGCUGCGCACGUCGACAGUGGUGCCGGCUGUUAAGGGUGAUGUGGAGGUCGGAGAGGAGCAGGCGAGGCGGAUGCUGCUGGCCCAGAUUCGCGAUUCGAGUGCGGAUUCGGGGCCGACGCUGAAUUUGAGACGGCCCGAGGAGGUGUGUGUUAGGGUUUUGGCGCGGUAGGGAGGGAAGGAGAUGUGCGGAUUGUAGAAGGAACGAGGCGAGCGUAAGUGUUCCGACGCAGGUCGAGUGGCGGUCCAGUACUCGUAAACGUGGGAGAUGGGAGGGCGGAUUGUUUAUAUGCAUCUCCCCCGCUUGCUGAGCUGGGGCGAGUAGAAUAUCUGAAGCGCGUCACGACUCACGCGCGUCGCCCGGCACUGGCGUUUGUUUCACCGUAUAAACUUUCCCCCCGCUUUAUAUCUGGGUCGUCCCAUGCAUCGGCCGCCCGCCCGUCGAACGAGUCCCUUCUUCCUCUACUCUCCUGCUCGCGCGCUAUUCGAUGCCGAUGCUGAGAGGAGACAUAUUGGCUCGCGCGGCUGAUACAGUAAAAGCGGAGACACUAUGGGCGUCAGCACUCGCUGUUUCAGAUUGGAAAGGGGGAAGCGUGAUAUGAGU